UAAACAAUUUAAAUAACAAAAACAAAAGAAAACCAGACAGGUGUAUAAUCAGAGUAUUAGUGAUAAUGUGUGGAAUAUUUGCAAUUUUUUCAAAGAAUGGUGAACCCAUUAAACCGAAAAUGUACCACGGAAGUCUGCACAGUUUGCGAGAAAUCGCUUACAGACAGAGCGGCAAGCAACGGCAUCGGGGCCCUGACGAUACCGGUGUAUGUCACAUCCCCGAACAGGGAGUUGUCAUGAUUCACGAACGUUUGGCUAUUGUAGGUGUUCACACAGGCCACCAGCCUCUGUAUUCCGAAAAUGAAAAUGUAAUUUUAAUUGCCAAUGGUGAGAUCUACAAUUAUUUGGAGCAGUCGUCCGAAAUUGCAAAACUUCGUGGCCACUACAAGCCCAAAAGCGAUUGCAAUGUCAUCAUCGAAUUGUAUGAAGAAUUUGGAGAAGGUUUACUGGAAUAUAUUACCGGCAUGUUUGCUUUUGUCUUGUACGAUAAACGUUCAAAAACUAUUCUCAUGGCGCGAGAUCCAUUCGGCAUUAUUCCCAUGUACAUCGGAGAGGACACAGAUGGCAAUGUAUGGGUUGCAUCUGAAAUGAAAUGUUUAGUAGAGAUUUGCCCAAAGAUCGAAGCUUUUACACCCGGCGAAUUGCGUUUUGGCAAAGCCGAUAAUCUCGUGCGAAAGACAUACUUCAAGCAGCCAUGGCAGAGUGAUAUUCCGAACUUAAACACCGACUUGAAUUUGUUGAGAACCAGUUUGGAGAAUGCAGUACGAUCCCAUUUACAAUGUGAUGUGCCAUUCGGUGCCUUAUUGUCUGGCGGUGUAGACAGCAGCUUGGUGGCAUCGAUUGCUACAAAAAUACGUCGGGAACGUGAUCCCAACUUUAGACUUACCACAUUUUCGGUGGGCUUACGCAAUGCUCCGGACUUUAAAGCCGCUCGUCUGGUAGCCGACUACAUUAACAGUGAUCACACUGAAGUUAUUUUCGAAAUUGCAGAUGCUUUGGAUGGUAUUCGAGACAUCAUCUAUCAUUUGGAGACAUACGAUGUAACCACAGUCCGUUGUAGUUUGCCCAUGCUACUGCUAGCGCGCCACAUCAAAAGUACUGGCAUCAAAAUGAUCUUAUCCGGCGAAGGUGCUGAUGAGAUUUUCGGUGGAUACUUGUACUUCUUUAAGGCGCCCAACUACACUGAGUUUCAUCAAGAACUGGUGAAACGUGUGUCCCAACUUUGCGACUCUGAUUGCCUGCGUGCCAACAAAGUAACAAUGGCUAAGGGCAUUGAACUUCGAGUUCCCUUCUUGGAUACAGCAUUUGUAAAUUAUGUGAUGUCCAUAAGGCCGGAAGACAAAAUACCUGGCGAACUUAACUGUUUUGGCGACCAACAAAAGCAUCGCAUAGAGAAGCACGUUUUGCGAGCAGCAUUCGCCAACCAAUAUCUGCCCGAUGAGAUUCUGUGGCGACAGAAGGAACAGUUCUCCGAUGGCGUAGGUUACGAUUGGAUCGAUAAUAUUCGCCGGGUAGCCACAGACCAUAUCACCGACAACGAGUUUGCCACAGCCUCCGAGAGAUUUCCAAUCAAUACACCAUCCACCAAAGAAGCCUACUACUACAGGUGCAUCUUCACAGAACUAUUUCCCGGAAGCGGUGCUGCCAAAACUGUUAAACGCUGGGUGCCACGUCUCGACUGGGGCUGCCCAGAAGAUCCAUCCGGAAGAGCUCAAGCCGUACAUCAAGUUCAUCAGUAAACUGAUGACACGUGUCCCUCAAAGACUGAAUUAGCUGCUAAUAAUAAUAAUAUUCAAGAAAAUAUGAAUUUCUUGCUUGUAUGAUAAUUUAAAUGCAAAUAUUUCCUUACACAAUUAAUUCAUAAGAAUAAGUUUCAAUUCGUACAAAUCUGUAAAUAAAAAAAAGCAAAUCUACUUUGAACAACCGUACAUUUUAUACAUGUAAUUUAAAUUUAAUUCUGUUUUUAAAUAUAUACUUACAUAUAUGUAUAUUGGUAUACAAAGUUAUAUAUGUACAUUUGUUCCUACUAAAUAUAUUAUAUUACAGUAUCUGAUUGUCAAGUCGUCGUCGUGUACUAUGUACUAUAUGUAUUCAUAAUAUAUAUUCAAAAUGCUUAAUUUACAUUAUUUUUGCCUUUAUUGCUGUGCAGUUUUUAUUAUUUUUUUGUUGUGUUUGCUUUUUUAGCAAUAUUAAUCUUUUCAUUUAUUAAUAAAUGUAGAAAUAAAACUGAAUAAAUUAUAAAUUGAGUGAUAAUAAGCAAAAA